AUGGUGAAUGUGAACCAGUUAGCGGAAGCAGUGGCGGAAAUGGCGCAGGCAAUGACUACGCAGGCUAAUGCGAACGCACAGAGACAAGCGGAGGAAGCUGCACGCGAUCUUCGCCAGCAGCAGAGGGUGAUUACACUGGAUCAAAACAAGGGAUUGAAUGAUUUUCGGCGUCAGGACCCGCCUAAGUUUAAUGGAGGGACUGAUCCGAAAAAGGCCGACAUGUGGAUUCAAGAGAUAGAGAAGAUCUUCGGAGUGCUGCAAACUCCGGAAGGAGCUAAAGUGGGCUUUGCCACUUACCUGUUGUUGGGAGAUGCAGAGUAUUGGUGGCGAGGUAAAAGGAUGAUCAUGGAAGCUAACCAUGAGGAGGUUAACUGGGACUCAUUUCGUACUGCUUUUCUUGAGAAGUAUUUUCCGGAAAGUGCACGUGAUGAGAGGGAGUCGCAGUUUCUAACUCUUCGCCAAAAGAGCAUGUCAGUGCCUGAGUAUGCUGCGAAGCUGGAGUCACUGGCAAGACACUUUCGAUUCUUUGCUAAUCACCUGGACGAGCAGUAUAUGUGCAAGAGGUUUGUAAAUGGACUACGUCCUGAUAUCGAGGAUUCCAUAAGGCCAUUGGGGAUUGUGCGAUUUCAAGUGCUUGUAGAGAAGGCUACUGAGGUAGAGGUAAUGAAGAAUAAGAGGAAUAGUCGGAUGGGCGUUGGGGGACCAGUCAGGUCAAACUCCCAGAACCAAGAAGGACAAAACGGGGGAAAGCAACCCCAGAAGAAACCUUACCAUCGCCCUCAGGGAAUGGGCCAGUCACCGGGACAGUAUAGGCCCAUUGCUACAGCUAUAGGAGGACAAGGAAGCCAACCUCAAAACCAUAGGGUUGAGUGCUUCAGGUGUGGAGAGGUUGGACACUAUGCCAAUGUUUGCGAGAAAGAAAAGCCAUUAUGUUUCAACUGUCACAAGUCGGGGCAUCUUGCUAAAGACUGUAGGAUGCCUAAAGUUGAGCAAACUAUGAAUAUUACAAGUGAAGAUUAA